GAAAAAAAUUAAUAUCAUGUAAUAGGACAGUGUAUCAGCUUCCAUCGAUUUUACCAGGAAAGUCUUGAACGAUUUUGAACGCAGUCAUGCGAUGGAUUAGUGGCCGUUUCCAUUAUGGGUGAGUCUCUCUUGACCUUAGCCAAGUCAUGUGCUAGGUAGGGCCGCUCUCGGUGACCCCUCCUCCUCCUCCUCCUCCCCCGGCUCCUACACACGCAGCCCGCACCACCGCUGGACCAAAAUCGAUGCUCCUCCUUUGGCAGCAGGGGAGGCGAGGCGCAUGUGUGUCCCAGUGGCUUGACUUUCGCAGCAGAGGCAAGAUGUCGGCGACGGCAGCUACCUUCGUCUGCUUUGCUGUGGUGGCGGUGGCAGCAGGGCCCACGGAUGUCCCCCCCGCCCUAACACGAAAUCCGGCCAACACAGUCACGAACACCAACACCACCACCACACCAGACCUCACCCUCGAGUCCACCACACACGCACCCUCCUCACCAAAACCACAACCACAGCCAAACACCAAGAAGAGGGCGGGGGCAGGAACGUCGCCACAGCUCACAGACGAAGGAGCGGUCGACAUCCAGCCUCGCAGCCACUCGCCUCCCGGGGGGAUCGUCGGGGAGGCGGAGGUCGAGACGGAACCUCCCGCCGCGGCCGCGAAGAGUGGAGACGCCGCGGAGACAGGUGGGGAGGAUGAUGUCAUUGGGGCUGUGGUGUACGAGGAGCUCCCCGUGCCCAUGGCUAGGACAGGGACAGAUGCGAGCGGGUACAUGCGAGACGACGGCACCUACAUCAUCAACGACGACGAGGGGGUCAGCUGCGUGAUGUUCUACUUCAAGGCGAAGAUCAACAUCUACUACCCCGACUCCAAGGGCGACUACUUGAACACCAAAGUUUCUCCGCCGGACGGGGCCGACCCAAGUGGCAUCUGCGACAGGGCGGGGAAGACGUCUGAGAUCAGCGUCUCCUGGUCCUCCUUCAUCCUCUCCCUCGGCUUCGGAAUGGACGACAUCAAUGACACCUGGUUCGUCUCAAAAUUCAACCUCACCUACAACCUCAACGACGAAAAGUUCCCCAACGCUGCCCCGGGUAUCGGGCAGGUGUCUGUGGUGAGCAAGCCAGGCCGCAAGUACUGGCAGACAAGCAACGCUCGCUCCUUCCGCUGCCUGCUGGUGCACGACGUGAGGCUGACCGACGCCUCCAACCACACCGCGAUCCUCCACUUCGACGAGGUGCGCGUGCAGGCCUUCAACCGCGAGCCCACCUUCAGGACGCCCAAACACUGCAAACACCGCGUGCACCGGGACGAGAUGGUGCCGGUGACCGUGGGCGGGGUGCUGGCGGGCUCUACGCUGCUCACCAUCCUGGGCUACGGCAUCUUCAGGUACUUCAAGAUCAAAAAGGUGCAGUACGACAUCAUGGAGUAACGCGUCCCCGCCCCGCCCUCGCUCCCCCGACGUCCC